AUGUCGGUGUCCUACGUGGCUGACAUCUCCGAUGGCAGUGGCUUCCUCAUCCUCCUGAAACUUCUUGCUCGGUGGAAGGGUAGCCUUUACAAGCUUGUCUGGCUGGAUCUAAUAGUAUACCUGAUUAUUUUCUACCUCAUAAACGCGCUGUUCUGGUUUUUACUCAAUUCCGGACAGAAAGAGACUUUUCACAUAAUUGUGGCCUACUGUGAGGACAUUAGCACCCAACUACCUGUCUCCUUCGUUUUGGGCUUCUUCGUUUCCGGCGUGGUCGGUCGAUGGUUCCAGACAUUCGUUUACAUCCCCUGGCUCAAUGAGAUUACCUACACCGUCAUGAUCAUUACAAUGCGUCGGAUAAGCGACCGCAUCGCUAGGCGUUUCCGCCAGCGAAUCAGGACAACAGAUGGCAUUGUAAAAGAGGAGAUCAAGUGCGUCAAUCGGGGACGGCGUGACCUUUGGUCAGUGUCUCAGGUCCAUGGAGGUUAUGUAGAAACGGGUGCGCAUCUCUUGGCACUUCUUCUGCAGUCGUCAUGUGACGACGAUCAAGCCGGUGGUGCCGCGAUGUCAACGAAAACCACACUGGCUUUCCGGCAGGAAUCCUUCCUCCAGGUGGUUGUCGAUGCAGGUCAGGAAAAUACGAGCAACUAUUUUUCCGACGAUCUUGAGCAGCGAAAUCCCUUGGUAAACACCGCAGAUUUGGUCGCAGUAAUUUCCGUGUACAGUUACAUCUUCUGCCAGAUAAUCGGCGCUCAAUAUGUGAAUCAAAAUGAUACAGCCAAUGUCACCAGCCAUGAAAAUGCUCUGCCUGUGCCAAUCUUUAGCGUCUUCUACUUCAUGUUCCUCAUAGGAUGGCUGAAAGUCGCCUUGUGUGUGAUGAACCCCUUCGGUGAUGACUACGAGGACUUCGAAUGCUGCAAGAUUCUAGACUUCAACUUGAAUGUCACUUACAGGUCCGUUCUACUGGACGAGGCGACCUACCCAGAGAGCCUGAAAACGGCAACAUUUAAACCCAGACCGAUGAAGGGCGCCGAGAGCGAUAAUUUACAGGACUUUCUCGAUAACGUCACUAGGGAAAUUCAGGAGACAGACUUCAAUGAGGAUGCGAACGAGUAA